CGACGAGCGCCAGUGUUGUCAUUAGCGGGUUCCUCGUUGGAAAUGUGUUUUUAAGCUUUUUGCCAAAGUCCCCGCGUUAUUUUGAGGAACGAAUAUAGCUGCGGCUCGUAACCUCCGCCGUGAAUGGAAACUUUGGACACGGAAUAAGAUCUGACAUGUUUCACAACAGCUCCCAGAGGAGAUACUGGACAUUUAACCGUGAGGAUGAAUUGGAGAAGAAAAGGUACAAUGCCAACCAAAAGUUUCGUAUGAAGGCCAAAGAAAGCGGGAAGCCCGGCCUGAGCGAGUCCGUCUUCCUGGAGCGACAUGAAGAAGACGUCUUGUUUCGACACUAUGAGAGGAGGCUGCUGGACUUCUGCAACGCGUUCAAGCCUGCCAUGCCCAAGUCUGUGGUGGGCACAGCUGCCAUGUACUUCAGGAGGUUCUACCUGAACAACUCCAUCAUGGAGUACCACCCCAGGAUCAUCAUGCUGACGUGUGCCUACCUGUCCUGCAAAGUGGACGAGUUCAACGUGUCCAGCCUUCAGUUUGUGGGGAACCUUCUGCAGGAGACCCCGGCGGGGCAGGAGCGGGUUCUGGAGCAGAUCCUGGAGUACGAGCUGCUGCUCAUCCAGCAGCUCAAUUUUCACCUGGUGGUGCACAACCCCUACAGGCCCAUGGAGGGGCUGCUCAUUGACCUCAAGACCAGAUACCCCACACUGGAGAACCCAGAGUCUCUGAGGAGUGCCGACGACUUCCUGACCCAGGCGGCCAUGACGGAUGCGGGGCUGCUGUUCUCUCCCUCUCAGAUCGCCCUGACGGCGAUUCACAGCGCCUCCAGAGCCGGGCUCAGCAUGGAGAGCUACCUGACUGAAUGUUUGGGGCUGAGAGAAGAUAAAGAGACUCUUUCAAAGAUGUACGACUUAAUGAGACGAAUGAAAACUCUGCUGAAGAAGUAUGAGCUUCCCAAACCAGAGGAGGUGAACGUGUACAAGCAGAGGCUGGAGAGGAUCCAUGCUGAGCUCAACACUUCCAGCAACAACGAAAGCGGGGAUACGAAGAAGACGACCUUGGUGGCUAAAGAAGCACGGAUUGCAGAAGAAGAAUGGACGGAUGAAGAUCUGAUAUGAGGCGUUGGUGAUGAACAUGUUCUGAUGGUUUUCAGCAAAUACAGCAGCCAGUUUACUGGGUUUCCUUAGUUCUGUGAUAAUAAAGAUAUUUUUUCUUACAUGUUGCUCUGUCCGUAAUACAAUACCUUUCUCCGCCUUUUGCCAGGGGGACAAUGAAUGACUCCAUAAUCUACUUACAAAAACAGGUUUAAUAAGUGCAUGCAUGUCCGAUACAGUCUGUACUAUUCCAAAAAAAAAAAAAAAAAAAAAAAUUACUGCUGUAAACACUUUCAUUUUACUUGGUUUCUGUGAUUAUGUGUCUGGCAUUUUGGGGGAGUUUCAAAACAAGCCAAAUAAUCAAAGAAAAACAAAAGCUGAUACAAUUAAAGGGAAAAACAAAAUUCAGCUCAUCUCACUUAUAUACUCAUGAUUCCAGCAAGAGAAUUUAUUCAUAUAAAAUAACCAUAUUCUUUCCUGAAAGAGUGUUCCAAUCUAGACAAACAAAGAAAGGAAAAAAAAA